CCUCCUCCUCCUCCUCAUCCUCCCCCCUCUCGGUGCGGACAUGCUCUCGGGGCUCCGGAGAUGAGGCUCCGAAAUGUCUCCUUCCUGACGGUCUUGUUGUUCGGGCUGUGCGGGCUGGUCUCCUUGUCCUGGUACACCGCCUUCAGCAGCUCCAGAGGAGAUGUGGUGGACAUCUACCAGCGGGAGUUCCUGGCGCUGAGGGAGCGCCUUCACUCGGCCGAGCAGGAGAACCUGCGGCGCUCCAAGGAGCUGAAUCUGGUCCUGGAGGAGAUCAAGAGAGCCAUCGCUGAGAAACAGGCGCUCAGAGACAUCAACCGCACCUGGAGCAGCCUCUCGGAGGAGACGAGGCUGAAGCUGUGGAAUGUGAGCAGCAGCAAAAACGUCCUGCAGCUUCCCUCCAUCUUCCACCACCUUCCUCACCUGCUGAACCGGGAGGACAGCCUGCAGCCGGCCGUGCACCUGGGCCAGGGACGCACCGGAGUCUCCAUAGUGAUGGGGGUUCCCAGUGUGAAGAGGGAGGUCCACUCCUACCUGACCGACACACUCAGCUCUCUGAUGUCAGAGCUCAGUCCGGCCGAGAAAGACGACUGCGUCAUCGUCGUCUUCAUCGCUGAGGCCGACCAGCAGUACGCCAGCAGUGUAGCAGACAACCUGAAGCGCCUUUUUCCAGCAGAGAUUCAGUCGGGUCUUUUGGAAGUCGUCUCUCCGUCCGUCCACUUCUACCCCGACUUCUCUCGACUCCGAGAAUCCUUCGGGGACCCAAAGGAGCGAGUCAGGUGGAGGACGAAGCAGAACCUGGACUACUGUUUCCUGAUGAUGUACGCUCAGUCUAAAGGAACUUACUACGUCCAGCUGGAGGACGACAUCGUUGCUCGGCCAAACUUUUUCACCACCAUGAAGAACUUUGCGUUGCAGCAGCCGUCAGAAGAAUGGAUGAUCCUUGAGUUCUCUCAGCUCGGCUUCAUCGGAAAGAUGUUCAAGUCUCUGGACCUUUCGCUCAUUGUGGAGUUCAUGUUGAUGUUCUACAAAGACAAACCCAUCGACUGGCUGCUGGACCACAUCAUGUGGGUCAAAGUGUGCAACCCGGAGAAGGACGCGAAACACUGCGACAGGCAGAAGGCCAACCUGAGGAUCCGCUUCAAGCCGUCGCUCUUCCAGCACGUCGGCACGCACUCGUCUCUGGCCGGGAAGAUACAGAAGCUCAAGGAUAAGGACUUUGGGAAACAGACCCUCCACAAGGGUCACGCUAACCCGCUGGCGGAGGUGACGACCAGCAUGAAGACCUACCAGCACUUCACCCUGGAGAAAGCCUACCUGGGGGAGGACUUCUUCUGGGCCUUCACGCCCGUGGCGGGGGAUUUCAUUCGGAUACGAUUCUUCACGCCGGUCCGCAUUGAGAGGUAUUUCUUUCGGAGCGGAAACAUCGAGCAUCCGGGAGACAAACUCUUCAACACGUCAGUGGAGGUUCUACCAUUCGACAACAUUCAGGCAGACAAAGAGGCCUUGACCGAGGGGAGGGAGAAAACACCAAAGUACCAUCGAACAGAAGACGGAUUCAUCAGGAUAGGAACGUUCAAGAACGGCAUCGCGGAGGGCGAGGUGGACCCCACCUUCGGGCCCCUGGAGGCCAUGCGGCUCUCGGUGUUGACGGACUCGCCCGUCUGGGUGAUCCUCAGCGAGAUCUUUAUAAAGAAAGCAGUGUGAACCUCCCGGAUUCUCACCGGCGGUGCCACAGCGCCUCCGUCUGGCCGGACCUCGCCGCUGCAGGAGCUGAAGAGGACCCGGAACCCUGAUGGACCGCCUCCCGGUCGACACCCCCCCCCCCCCCCCCCCCCCCUCUCACCCCCCGCCGGCUGAGGAGGAAUCUGUGUUUAUUUUGUACAUACAGGAAAGGGUAGAUGUUGAAAACACUGGUAGUCGCCGAGGCCACGGCGCCACGUCCUCUGAACCCUGCUGCUUCAAAAGACUCAAAAGGCCUCUUUCUUGGUACGGGCCUUUCUAUCCCCCCCUCCCCUCUCCACGCCCCUCCAACAGUAACCGUGUAUGUGCAUAUAUGCAUAGAGAUGUACACACUUCCAUAUGAAUGCCCUCUCAGUGUGUCAAUGUGCGUCUGUAGCUGCUGCUCGGGGGGUUCAUAGGUUUGCCUUAACGAAGACGAAGAGCAGACUCACUCCAAACCCAGACUGGUCCACGGACAAAAGUACCCAGAAUCCUUUGCUGCAAACCUCGGCCUUCACACAUCUUUGUUGCUUUAAACUACUGAUGAUGACGGCUGGUGUUUUACUUUUUCAAAGAAGUCUUUUAAAGUUGUUUUAUUUUAAGUUAUCUGAGGCCUUGUUACAGACUACUGCUGUAGUACUUUGAUUUACUUCACACUACUCUACAGUACUUUACUUUGCUUACUUCAAAGUACUUGUGCUACAAUUCUCUGUUUGAACUUGACUGUACUUUACAGCACUAUAAUGAACUUUGCAGUCAUAUAAUAAACUUUAUAGUAAUUUCAUCAGGAAUCAGGAAUCAGGAACAUUUAUUGCCAAAAUAUGUUAGACGUACAUGGAAUUUGACAUGGCGGUGGGUACAUAACAUUGGACAGUAAGACAAUGGGACAAUGGACGAGGCCCUUCAUGUAUUCCACAGUUCUCUGUAGAGUAUUUCAGUGCUAUUAUUUGCUACAGUAUUAUUUUGUUUACUACAGUAUUCUUACAUACUCUGGUGUACUUUGCACUACUUUAAAAUACUCUACAGAACAAUGCAGUACUCUGAGGUGCUUUAGAGUACUUUAAAGUACUCCUACGUAUCCGGUCCUCUGCUGUUGUGUACUUUACAGAUGCAGAGAUUCAUGUCUUUUCUCUCUCUUUUAGUCUCUCGUCAACUCUUUUGCUGAAACAACAGUCUAAUUCAGUUUAAUUUUUGUUCUUGAUUUUGUCUCUUUGUGUUCCCUCAGAUUAUUAUUUUCACUCUUUAAAGAGUCCACAUGUCCUUGUGUGUUCAUGGAGACGGUCAACAGGGCUUUAAAUGAAUAUAAUCCCACUAAUACAUCAACAAUCAAUUCCGCAUAGAAUAAAACCAAUUUAAAAAGCUUUUAUGUUCCUUUGAAUCAGAAGAUCCUUUGAUUACUUAGUUAUUUAUUAAUUAUUGUUAAUGCCACGAGAUCAGCUCUUCUGUCAAAAAUUCUUUGUUGGGCUUCAGAUGAAAGUGAAACACAGAUCUGAAGAAAACUGAGCGUCAUCUCAAACUCUCUUUUUAUUUUCUCUGUAAGAUGCACUGGAAUGCAUUGAUAUACCCUUGUGUUUGUCUUUUGUAUCCUUUAGAUAAAAACUAUUUAAAUGAUCCUCAACUUCUAUCCAAUCUGUGACUUGUAAUAAAGACGGAAAUUUAAAUGA